ACACUAACACUGGUUCGGAUUUCGGAUAGUAUGCAAAGCUUUGUGCAUCGUGCAAAGUGUAGGAGCUUGAAAGAGGUUAAAAAAGAUGCCAAUAAAAUAUGUUGGACGGACGAACACUUUCAAAGGAAAGCCAUUGUGGGAAAUAUUGGGAAAUUUAAAAAAUCAUGGAGUCGGUAGAAUGGUUAUACGACACAAGCAGCAAAGAUAUGCUGAAGCGUCUUACAUGAGGAUAUUAAAAGUUGCUGCGCUACCGGACACCUCGCAACAUCCACAUGAUCCACGAUCUGUAAUGGUAUUAGUACAGCAAGUGUUUCGUGGUAAAACAGUACCUGAACCUGUGCAACUAGAUACGACUACUUACAAACCAGACUAUAUGCUGAUCCCUAAAGACCAAGAAGAAAAAUUCUUAAAUUCUACUGAGACACCUGAAGAAAGAAUCUUACCACGAACCACGGAUUUUCCCCCUUUAUUAAAAGAAUUAUUAAUUCGCCAGGCAAGACAGCAGAAGCAAGAAAUAAAAGAUUUGAAAUUAGAAAUUAAGUACAAUCUCUCAGGUAUAAAAAAUUAUAGAGUUGCAGAGGAAGGUGAAACUCCUACUGUUAACGUAGAGAUGGGUUUAGGGGAACCAGCAAGUCCUAGUUUGUACGCGAACAUUAAACGCUAAGAUGUAUCAGACUACGUUAAUUAAAUAUUUCAUUCAUCAUGAUACAAGUAUCGUUUCAGAACAUCUUCAUGUCUCUUUCUUUUUACUAGCAUAAAUUAUCUCGCGGUAUUUUUUGCAACGAAGUAAAUCUUCAUCAAUUACCUCUUGUGCGAUUGGCACGUCCUGUGGCUUAACUGAAAGUUAAUUAAAUCUAUUACUAUCGCUACCACGAUUUCAUUGUCAAAAUAUGAACCUGAAACUCUUUGCGGUUGUACGAUACAGGUUCCCUUUUCAAAGACUCGACCAGCGAUUUCCUACAGAUGUAAUUGAUAGUCAAUAAUGGAGCAGAUCAGUAGAUA